CUCCCCCUGCAACCGGCUCUGCUCGCCCUUCAUGUCGUUCACACACACACUUUAACAGUUGGUUUUAGCCACAGAAUGAAAUGACCAACUUUCGCUUUGCUUGGAUAGUUUCCCCUUCACUGUAGUGGACUUUAAAAUGAAAUCUGGCACGUUGAAAACUAUAUCUUCUGACAAGGGCGAACUCUUUUCGAACUUUUCAUGAGAUUGAACUUUGGAUGAUAAAGACUUUGAGGAAACCAGGGCGGACUAGAAGGACACAUUAUGGCAAUAUGUGGCAGACGGAGUCGGUCCAAGUUAAUUCUGUACAUUCUCGGGGCUUUUGUAGUGGGAUAUUUAGUAUUUCAUAGGAACACGCAGAGUGAUGUCGGGGUGGCGAGUCGAAGAGAAGUGCCAGUCGAGCAGGGCAAAAAUUUGGACGAAGAUUUUCUGAAGAAACCUGUUUACGAGAAGCCUCCUCUAGAUGUAAAUGCUUUGGGAGAGAUGGGUAGAGCUGUUAAACUAGACCUGACAGAAGAAGAGAAGCGAGAGGAGGAGGAGAGCAUCAAAAAACAUCAAAUAAACACUUAUUUGAGUGAUAGGAUAUCACUACACCGCAGACUGCCUGAAAGAUGGAACCCACUAUGUCGAAACCUGAAAUAUGACUACCUGAGCCUGCCCACGACAUCGGUAGUGAUAGCCUUCUACAAUGAAGCUUGGUCCACGCUACUGCGGACAGUACACAGUGUCCUGGAGACCUCGCCUGACCUGCUGCUGACUGAAAUCAUACUGGUGGAUGACUACAGUGACCGAGAUCAUUUAAAGGAGCCUCUAGAAAACUACAUCGCCGAUAUCAAAAAGGUGCGUCUGAUCCGAGCAAGGAAGAGAGAGGGUUUGGUGCGAGCACGGCUUCUGGGAGCUUCCAUUGCCACCGGAGAAGUGCUGACCUUCCUCGAUUGCCACUGUGAGUGCCAUGAAGGCUGGUUGGAGCCUAUUCUCCAGAGAAUAAAGGACGAGCCUUCGGCUGUGGUGUGUCCAGUAAUUGACGUCAUUGACUGGAACACUUUCCAGUACCUGGGGAACCCUGGAGAACCUCAGAUCGGGGGAUUUGAUUGGCGUUUGGUGUUCACGUGGCACGCUAUCCCAGAAUAUGAGCAGAAACGCAGAAGUUCUGCCACUGAUGUUGUCAGGUCUCCUACAAUGGCUGGGGGUUUGUUUGCAGUCAAUAAGAAGUACUUCCUUUACCUGGGUACAUAUGACACAGGAAUGGAGGUGUGGGGUGGAGAGAACCUGGAGUUCUCAUUCAGAAUCUGGCAGUGUGGAGGGAGUCUGGAAAUCCAUCCUUGCUCUCACGUGGGUCACGUGUUUCCAAAGAAAGCGCCAUAUUCAAGAAACAAGGCCUUGGCCAACAGCGUGCGGGCGGCAGAAGUCUGGAUGGAUGAAUACAAAGAAGUAUAUUACCACCGGAGCCCUCAUGCACGUCUGGAAGCAUAUGGUGAUGUGACGGACAGACGGAAACUCCGAAUGCGUCUCAAGUGUAAAGAUUUUAAGUGGUUCUUGGAGAACAUCUACCCUGACAUUCAAAUCCCAGAGGACAGGCCUGGAAUGUUUGGCAUGCUGAAGAGUAAAGGAAUGGCCAACUACUGCUUUGACUACAAUCCACCUGAUGAACAUAACACGGUUGGUCACCGGGUCAUUCUUUACCCGUGUCAUGGCAUGGGACAAAACCAGUUCUUCGAGUACUCCACGUUCCAAGAGAUCCGUUAUAACACGAGGGAUCCUGCAUGCUGUAUCGUAGCUGAUCCCAUCUCCACAUUCCUUACCAUGCAUCUCUGCAGUAAACCCAGGGAACCUGUGCCUGAAGACCAGAAGUUUAUAUUCAGAGAGGAUGGCACUCUCUACCACGUUCAGACGCAGAAAUGCGUUGAGGCAGUGGACCGGGCUGACAACGGGAACCCUGGCCCCGCUCUCCGCUCCUGCUCGGACUCGGCCCACCAGAAGUGGUUCUUUGAAGAGAGAACAUAGCAAAGGUUCUCUCUGCACCUUUCACCUGCGCUACAGUUAAAAGGGCAUUUUAUAUCAGCUGUUCCAACUCCACACCAGUUUAUUGAGCAUUCCAGUUCCUACGCUUAGGAUCGAUAGUGCCUUCAUGUUACACAUGUCCACAGUACAGACUGAGUAAUGUAUUAGAUUUUAACAUUUUUGCAGUGUAUUAAAAUUCAUCACUUAUAAUAGAGUCGUUCAGUUUGUUAUCCUGAUAUCUGAAGAGAAUGACUAUUUUCGUGCCAACGAGUGUUCUCAAAUGAGUUUUGGACUUAUGAGUAAAAUAACGUGUAAACGUACGUUGAGUAAAACGUAUGAGUAAAAUAAUGUAACAUUCACUACCAUUCAAAAGUUUGGGGUCAGUAAGAUUUAAUUUUAAAAGAAAUGAAUACUUUUUUUCAGUAAGGAUGCAUUAAAUUUAUUAAAAUUGACAAAUUAUUUUAUAAUGUUAUAAAAUAAAUGCUGUUCUUUUGAAUUUUUUAUUCAUUAAAGAAUCCUGAAAAAAAUGUAUUACGGUUUCCACAAAAAUAUGAAGCAGCACAAGUGUUUUCAACAUUGAUAAUAAUAAGAAAUGUUUCUUGAGCAGCAAAUCAGCAUAUUAGAAUGAUUUCUGAAGGAUCUUGUGACACUGAAGACUGGAGUAAUGAUGCUGAAAAUUCAGCUUUGCCAUCACAGGAAUAAAUUAUUAUUAUUUUUUAAAUAUAUAAAUAGAAAACAAUUAUUUUAAAUUGUAAUAAUAUUUCACAUUACUAUGUUUACUGCAUUUUAGAUCAAAUAAAUGCAGCCUUGGUGAGCAUAAGAGACUUCAAAAAUAUUAAAAACAUCUUACAGACCCCAAACUUUUGAACCCUAAUAUAUGUUAUAUAAUAAAAUGUGAAAGUCUCAAAAACCACAGACUUUAUUUUUAUCAUAAAUCCAAAACUUCCUUUCUUAAAGGACACAGGAAGUUCCUGAGGGAACCCAUGGUGAAUUAAUCUUCCAGAUUGGCCUGCAAAUAGACAUAAUCUCUGAACACAUCUAUUUCUCUGCAAGAUAUAAACUAUUUAUCAUAUCAUUUUGCAGGAAGGUAAUUUGAGUUAUUUUAAUCAGUCAGUGCUGCCAGCUCCAUCUGCUGGUGUCUUAUUCUCCCCUGCUAUUCUGCAAAGUAGCUUCUAUUACAGUUUUUUGACUUGACAUUUUUUUCUAGUGACUAGAAUUUUUAAAAUAUGAUCUGGUACCUGGUGUAAGUCAGAUCUCGCUUAGGCCGCACUUAGAGCCUCUUGGCAGCUUCGUCGUGUGUGUGUUUUUUUUUUUUUUUUGGCUGAGUAUUGAGGUUAGACUCGGAUAAGCAGCAGUGCUGCCAGCAACACUGCUGCCAUUCUCUGUCCAACCACUAGAUGGUGCCAAAUUUUCCAUUUUACUCAAUGUCCUCCAUGUUGUAACAUCAGCUCGUAUUUACAUGCCUGUAAUUUCAGUAGCCCACUAUGCGGUGAGUGAGAUGCUAGAUUACACUUUUUAUACACAAAUACGGUUAAUGUACAAUUAUUGUUAGUUUUAUCUGAAAUCGUAUGGCAGCCUACCUCUAGUCAUUUACCUGCUGUAUGUUAUUGUUGGACAUUUGAAGGGGAUAAAACAGAGUUGGAUGUCACAGCAAAUACUAGAUUGUAGUGGCCAAAGUGCUGUUAUUUUUCAUAUUUCCCUAAGCUUGUAGAGAAACAAUGCUGGUCAGUUUAGAGUAUGUGGAUAAAAAUGUCUUUAAAUUCUGGCCAUCUGUGGGUCAGUUUCCAAUGGUGAAUGAUCGUUUCUGUCAGGCUAAUGUCAUCCGUAAUGAAUUUGUUUGACUAACUUUUUCAGUUAUUUAUUACUUAAGUAAAAGUGUGGUUCAGGGAUGACAUAUUUUUGCAGGCCAACCCCGAAGUUAGCAUCACCCUGAUUUCCUUGAUUAAAACCCAGUAGAAUUUUUCCAUUGGCUUAUGGAUUAUUGCAGAAAAUAAGAUCUGAGACUAACAAAAGCUUACACGUUUUGUUCAUCAUGAUAAUCUUCACAAAUGAAGACAACUUUUAUGAAUUUUGAAGAGUAAAUACAAUUGGCAUAAGUCAAAAGCUAUAAACUAACUACAUGGUCGCAUGACUUCAACAUCACCAUCAUUAAGCUUCAACAACUCUUUCAGUCUGCUUAAAAACAUUUUCCCUGAAAGUCAAGAGCGUGAGAUUGCAAGUUUGCAAGAACGCGAUUAUAAACACAAUGAAGGUUUGAAAGCGGACUAGUGAGUAGAUGAGUUGAUCUGUUCGGCUGAUGACGUUUAAUGUCCCUGUAGUCCCAUUUAGCCAAUUGUUAGCAACCGCCUUUUACAAGACAAGUACAUUUUUUAAAAAAAUCACAAGAGGGUAUUACUGUUAUAUUUAUACUGUAGAAUAAAACGUGAAAAUAUCUUGAGCUUGUGUUCACCACAGACCUUAAUACAAGCAUUUAACCAAAACACCCAUUCAAAAAAUUCAUUGACUUCAGAACGAUGGAACCAAAAGUGGUAAAAUGUGAACUUGUUUCUGGGUUUUGGCCUACAAAAAUACACAAUUCCUGCAGCACUCUACUGCUGGUGUGCUUGAAAUUGCUGGUAUGUUGAAAAUAGGAUUUAAAAAAAAAAAAUUUAAAUAAUUAGAUUAGUCAAAAAAUUUAGUCAUCAUUUACUCACCGUCACGUCGUUCCAAAUCUGUAUGAAUUUCUUUUUUGGAACACAAAAGAAGAUAUUUUGAAGAAUGUACACGCUGCUAUUUUCCCUCAAAAAAGGCACUUUAAAAGUAUCAUAAAAGCAGUCAAGUCAUACACUAUAUUCCUCUUAAGUCAUAUGAAAGUUUUGUGUGAAGAAUGGUCAAAAAUUAAAGUAGUUAUUGAUUGAAAAUCACUAUUCAUUUUCAUUUAAUGGGGGGAAAAAACAGCUGUGGCAUUCUGCUAAUAGUAUCUUUUUUUGUGGUGUUUUUGAAAGACUAAAAGGUGAGUAAAUGAAGACAAAUGUUUUAUUUUUAAGACAUUUAAAAUGUUUUAAGUGACUUACAGAUUGUACAAAGGAGGACAAUUUUUCUAAAAUACAGGUGAGAGGAAAGUUUACUUUGGUGAAGUUUAUGGAACAUAUUUUUUACAUUAAUCUAUAAGGUGAUGGGCUAACUUAUCAUUGUCAUGGAGAGAAUUGGUUUACUGAUAUGAUUCUCUGAGAGCAUGUGACAUGAGCUCAAUACUGGACAGAUGUUUCCAGGAACUCAAUAGAUAAGAAGGUGAUUGAGAGAUUGAUUAUAUGAUUAUUAUAAAAUGAGAACCCAUUAUGUUUGAAGCAGUAGGAUUUUUGCCUCAGAAUUGACAAUGGGUUUGUUUGAGGAGGUCAAAAAAGAGGAUCUUCUGUAUGGAUGACCAUAAGUCCUAUUACACCAUUUUGUCUAUAUGGCACAAACAAUGAUACCUUCUCUAGAUAAAUGUGGUUUAAAUUUUAUUUUAUGCAGUUUGAUCUUCACUGAUGCAUAGUACCAACCCAAAAAAAUUAAAGUUGGUUACAGCGGCAGUGAGUAUGCACUUUUCUUGGAAUAAUGAAUGAUUUAUAAUUUAAUUUUACUUUCCAUUUAAUUUUGCUGAAGGCAGAAUGUUUUGAAAAUGUAUCUAUGCUGGAAGGAAAAUUCAGGUAACUUUAUGCUGUUAUGUAAGUGACCUUAACAUCAGGAAUGAAGGAAUUCUUUCUUUUCUUUUGAAAAUGCAUUAAUUAUGGUUAAUAAAAUGUCUUAUUUCUAACUAAAGGUGCACUAAGUUUGUUUUGUUACGCUACACUAUUUAUGUUAUUUGCAGUCAGCAAUGAUUAAUUUAUUCUGCAAAGUAGUAUUUAUUGGUCAUGUGAUCUCAACAUGAGCUGACCCAAUGAUACGAUUGCAGUCUUCAUCUCAUGAGAGUUGUGCAAAACGGUUUCAUGAGGAAAAAAAUGAUUGAGUGCAUCUUUUAAAUGUAAUGAAAAUUUUUCUAGACCUGAACAAUGAAAGUUGCUCUAACUUCAAAUUGAUUUCAUGUUUGAAUUUUUACACAUUAAAGCCAUUGAAUAACA